CCAGAGGCCGUGAAAGCUUCAGGUUAAUGAAAUGCUCUUUAUUUUGUAGCCAUCCAGUCCAAUGGAUCAGAUGGGCAAGAUGAGACCUCAGCCAUAUGGUGGAACUAACCCAUACUCGCAACAACAGGGACCUCCAUCAGGACCACAGCAAGGACAUGGGUACCCAGGGCAGCCAUAUGGAUCCCAGACCCCGCAGCGGUACCCGAUGACCAUGCAGGGCCGGGCGCAGAGUACCAUGGGCGGCCUCUCUUAUGCACAGCAGAUUCCUCCUUAUGGGCAACAAGGCCCCAGCGGAUAUGGUCAGCAGGGCCAGACUCCAUAUUACAACCAGCAAAGUCCUCACCCCCAGCAACAGCAGCCACCCUACUCCCAGCAACCACCAUCCCAGACUCCUCAUGCCCAACCUUCAUAUCAACAGCAGCCGCAGUCUCAGCCACCACAGCUCCAGUCCACCCAGCCUCCAUAUUCCCAGCAGCCAUCCCAGCCUCCGCAUCAGCAGUCUCCAACUCCAUACCCCUCCCAACAGUCAACAACCCAGCAGCACCCCCAGAGCCAGCCCCCCUACUCACAGCCGCAGGCACAGUCUCCCUACCAGCAGCAGCAACCUCAGCAGCCAGCAUCCUCGACCAUCUCCCAGCAGGCUGCGUACCCUCAGUCCCAGUCUCAGCAGUCACAGCAAACUGCCUAUUCCCAGCAGCGCUUCCCUCCACCACAGGAAUUAUCGCAAGAUUCAUUUGGGUCUCAGGCAUCCUCAACCCCCUCAAUGACCUCCAGUAAGGGAGGGCAAGAAGAUAUGAACCUGAGUCUUCAGUCAAGACCCUCAAGCUUGCCUGAUCUGUCUGGUUCAAUAGACGAUCUCCCCAUGGGGACAGAAGGAGCUCUGAGCCCUGGAGUGAGCACAUCAGGGAUUUCCAGCAGCCAAGGAGAGCAGAGUAAUCCAGCUCAGUCUCCUUUUUCUCCUCAUACCUCUCCUCACCUGCCUGGCAUCCGAGGCCCUUCCCCGUCCCCUGUUGGCUCUCCCGCCAGUGUUGCUCAGUCUCGCUCAGGACCACUCUCACCUGCUGCAGUGCCAGCAGGCAACCAGAUGCCACCUCGGCCACCCAGUGGCCAGUCGGACAGCAUCAUGCAUCCUUCCAUGAAUCAAUCAAGCAUUGCCCAAGAUCGAGGUUACAUGCAGAGGAACCCCCAGAUGCCCCAGUACAGUUCCCCCCAGCCCGGCUCGGCCUUAUCUCCACGUCAGCCUUCUGGAGGACAGAUGCACACAGGCAUGGGCUCCUACCAGCAGAACUCCAUGGGGAGCUAUGGUCCCCAGGGGAGUCAGUAUGGCCCACAGGGAGGCUACCCCAGGCAGCCAAACUACAAUGCCUUGCCCAAUGCUAACUACCCCAGUGCAGGCAUGGCCGGAAGCAUGAACCCUAUGGGUGCUGGAGGUCAGAUGCAUGGGCAGCCUGGCAUCCCACCUUAUGGCACACUCCCUCCAGGGAGAAUGAGUCAUGCCUCCAUGGGCAACCGGCCUUAUGGCCCUAACAUGGCCAAUAUGCCGCCUCAGGUUGGGUCAGGGAUGUGUCCCCCACCAGGGGGCAUGAACCGGAAAACUCAAGAAACUGCUGUCGCCAUGCAUGUUGCUGCCAACUCUAUCCAAAACAGGCCACCAGGCUACCCCAAUAUGAAUCAAGGGGGCAUAAUGGGAACUGGACCUCCCUAUGGACAAGGGAUUAAUAGUAUGGCUGGCAUGAUCAACCCUCAGGGACCCCCAUAUCCAAUGGGUGGAACCAUGGCCAACAAUUCAGCAGGGAUGGCAGCCAGCCCAGAGAUGAUGGGCCUUGGGGAUGUCAAGUUAACUCCAGCCACCAAAAUGAACAACAAGGCUGAUGGGACACCCAAAACAGAAUCCAAAUCCAAAAAAUCCAGUUCUUCUACUACAACCAAUGAGAAGAUCACCAAGUUGUAUGAGCUGGGUGGUGAGCCUGAGAGGAAGAUGUGGGUGGACCGUUACCUGGCCUUCACAGAGGAGAAGGCAAUGGGCAUGACAAAUCUGCCUGCUGUGGGUAGGAAACCUCUGGACCUCUAUCGCCUCUAUGUGUCUGUGAAGGAGAUUGGUGGAUUGACUCAGGUCAACAAGAACAAAAAAUGGCGGGAACUUGCGACCAACCUCAAUGUCGGCACCUCAAGCAGUGCUGCCAGCUCCUUGAAAAAGCAGUAUAUCCAGUGUCUCUAUGCCUUUGAGUGCAAGAUUGAACGGGGAGAAGACCCUCCCCCAGACAUCUUCGCAGCUGCUGAUUCCAAGAAGUCCCAGCCCAAGAUCCAGCCUCCUUCUCCAGCUGGAUCAGGGUCUAUGCAGGGGCCACAGACACCUCAGUCAACCAGCAGUUCCAUGGCAGAAGGGGGAGACCUGAAGCCACCAACUCCAGCAUCCACACCACAUAGUCAGAUACCCCCCUUGCCAGGCAUGAGAAGCAAUUCAGUCGGGAUCCAGGAUGCAUUUCCUGAUGGAAGUGACCCCACAUUCCAGAAACGGAAUUCCAUGACUCCAAACCCUGGGUACCAGCCCAGUAUGAAUACCUCUGACAUGAUGGGGCGUAUGUCCUACGAGCCAAAUAAGGAUCCUUAUGGCAGCAUGAGGAAAGCUCCAGGGAGUGAUCCCUUCAUGUCCUCAGGGCAGGGCCCCAACAGCGGGAUGGGGGACCCCUACAGCCGAGCUGCCGGCCCUGGGCUGGCAAAUGUGGCAAUGGGACCACGACAGCACUAUCCUUAUGGAGGUCCUUAUGACAGAGUGAGGACUGAGCCUGCAAUAGGACCCGAGGGAAACAUGGGGAGCACUGGAGCCCCACAGCCGAAUCUCAUGCCUUCCAACCCAGACUCGGGGAUGUAUUCUCCUAGUCGCUACCCCCCUCAGCAGCAGCAACAGCAGCAACGACAUGAUUCCUAUGGCAAUCAGUUCUCCACUCAAGGCAACCCUUCCGGCAGCCCCUUCCCCAGCCAGCAGACCACAAUGUAUCAGCAACAGCAGCAGAAUUACAAGCGGCCGAUGGAUAGCACAUAUGGCCCUACUGCCAAGCGGCACGAAGGGGAAAUGUACAGUGUGCCAUACAGCACGGGGCAGGGGCAGCCCCAGCAGCAGCAGUUGCCCCCAGCCCAGCCCCAGCCUGCCAGCCAACAACAAGCUGCCCAGCCUUCCCCACAGCAAGAUGUGUACAACCAGUAUGGCAACGCGUAUCCUGCCACUGCCGCCGCUGCUACUGAGCGCCGACCAGCAAGUGGCCCCCAGAACCAGUUUCCAUUCCAGUUUGGCCGAGACCGUGUCUCAGCACCCCCUGGCUCCAGUGCCCAGCAGAACAUGCCACCACAAAUGAUGGGUGGCCCCAUACAGGCAUCCGCUGAGGUUGCUCAGCAAGGCACCAUGUGGCAAGGGCGUAAUGACAUGACCUACAAUUACGCCAACAGGCAGAGCACAGGCUCUGCCCCCCAGGGCCCCGCCUAUCAUGGUGUGAACCGAACAGAUGAAAUGCUGCAUACGGAUCAGAGGGCCAACCAUGAAGGCUCAUGGCCUUCCCAUGGCACACGCCAGCCCCCAUAUGGUCCCUCUGCCCCCGUACCCCCCAUGACAAGGCCCCCUCCUUCCAACUACCAGCCCCCACCAAGCAUGCAGAAUCACAUUCCUCAGGUAUCCAGCCCUGCUCCCCUGCCCCGGCCAAUGGAGAACCGCACCUCUCCUAGCAAGUCUCCAUUCCUGCACUCUGGGAUGAAGAUGCAAAAGGCAGGGCCCCCCGUACCUGCCUCUCACAUAGCACCUGCCCCUGUGCAGCCCCCCAUGAUUCGGCGGGACAUCACCUUCCCACCUGGCUCUGUUGAAGCCACACAGCCUAUUUUGAAGCAGAGGAGGCGACUCACCAUGAAAGACAUCGGAACUCCGGAGGCAUGGCGGGUAAUGAUGUCCCUCAAGUCUGGGCUGCUGGCAGAGAGCACAUGGGCAUUAGACACCAUUAACAUCCUGCUGUAUGAUGACAAUAGCAUCAUGACCUUCAACCUCAGUCAGCUCCCAGGGUUGCUAGAGCUCCUUGUGGAAUAUUUCCGACGUUGCCUGAUCGAGAUCUUUGGAAUUUUAAAGGAGUAUGAGGUGGGUGACCCAGGGCAGAGAACACUACUGGACCCUGGGAGAUUCAGCAAGGUGUCUAGUCCAGCCCCUGUGGAGGAGGAAGAGGAGGAGGAGGAAGAGGAGGAAGACCUUCUAGAUCCUAAACUAGAGGACAAAGAAGAGGAGGAAGUAGUUGAAAAUGAUGAGGAGAUGGCCUUUUCAGGAAAGGACAAGGCAGCCUCAGAGAAUAGUGAGGAGAAACUUAUUAGUAAGUUUGACAAGCUUCCAGUAAAGAUCGUACAGAAGAAUGACCCGUUUGUGGUGGACUGCUCAGAUAAGCUUGGGCGUGUGCAGGAGUUUGACAGUGGCCUGCUGCACUGGCGGAUUGGUGGGGGGGACACCACUGAGCAUAUUCAGACCCACUUUGAGAGCAAGACAGAGCUGCUGCCUACCCGGCCUCAUGUGCCCCGCCUACCAGUCACCCGGAAACAUGUCACAGCAGCAGAGGGUACAUCAGGGACAACAGAACAGAAGGGUGCCCCACCUGAUGGCCCUCCAGAAAAACGGAUCACAGCUACUAUGGAUGAUAUGUUGUCCACACGGUCUAGUACAUUGACUGAGGAGGGAGCUAAGAGUGCAGAGGCUACCAAGGAGAGCAGCAAGUUUCCAUUUGGCAUCAGCCCAGCACAGAGCCACCGGAACAUCAAGAUCCUAGAGGAUGAACCCCACAGUAAAGAUGAGACCCCACUGUGUACCCUUCUGGACUGGCAGGAUUCCCUUGCCAAGCGCUGCGUCUGUGUCUCCAAUACCAUCCGAAGCCUGUCAUUUGUGCCAGGUAACGACUUUGAGAUGUCCAAACACCCAGGGCUGCUGCUGAUCCUCGGCAAGCUGAUCCUUCUACACCAUAAGCAUCCAGAACGGAAGCAGGCACCACUGACUUAUGAGAAGGAGGAGGAGCAGGACCAAGGGGUGAGCUGCAACAAAGUGGAGUGGUGGUGGGACUGCUUGGAGAUGCUCCGGGAAAACACCCUGGUCACGCUAGCCAACAUCUCGGGGCAGUUGGACCUCUCCCCGUACCCCGAGAGCAUUUGCCUGCCUGUCCUGGAUGGACUCCUACAUUGGGCAGUCUGCCCUUCAGCUGAAGCCCAGGACCCCUUCUCCACCCUGGGCCCCAACGCCGUCCUCUCCCCUCAGAGACUGGUCUUGGAAACCCUCAGCAAACUCAGCAUCCAGGACAACAAUGUGGACCUGAUCCUGGCCACGCCCCCCUUCAGCCGCCUGGAGAAGUUGUAUAGCACCAUGGUGCGCUUCCUCAGUGACCGAAAGAACCCGGUCUGCCGGGAGAUGGCUGUGGUACUGCUGGCCAACCUGGCACAGGGAGACAGCCUGGCAGCCCGUGCCAUCGCAGUGCAGAAGGGCAGCAUCGGCAACCUCCUGGGCUUCCUGGAGGAUAGCCUUGCUGCCACACAGUUCCAACAGAGCCAGGCUAGCCUGCUCCACAUGCAGAACCCGCCCUUUGAGCCAACUAGUGUGGACAUGAUGCGGCGGGCUGCCCGUGCACUGCUGGCCCUGGCCAAGGUGGACGAGAACCACUCAGAGUUCACAUUGUAUGAGUCACGGCUGUUGGACAUCUCAGUAUCACCAUUGAUGAACUCAUUGGUUUCACAAGUCAUUUGUGAUGUACUGUUUUUGAUUGGCCAGUCAUGACAGCCGUGGGACACCUCCCUCCCUGUGUGUGUGUGCGUGUGUGGAGAACUUAGAAACUGACUGUUGCCCUUUAUUUAUGCAAAACCACCUCAGAAUCCAGUUUACCCUGUGCUGUCCAGCUAUUCCCUUGGGAAAAAAGUCCCUCCUAUUCCUUUCCUCUCAGCUUCCCUCACCUCUACCUUUCUGUUCCUUGUCCUCACCUUACUCCCCUCAGGACCCUACCCUAUUUGAAAAGACAAAGCUCUGCCUACAUAGAAGACUUUUUUAUUUUAACCAAAGUUACUGUUGUUUACAGUGAGUUUGGGGAAAAAAAAAUAAAAAUAAAAAUGGCUUUCCCGGUUCUUGCAUCAACGGGAUGCCACAUUUCAUAACUGUUUUUAAUGGUAAAAAAAAAAAAAAGGAAAAAAUACAAAAAAAAACCCUCUGAAGGACAAAAAAGGUGACUGCUGAACUGUGUGUGGUUUAUUGUUGUACAUUCACAAUCUUGCAGGAGCCAAGAAGUUCGAAGUUGUGGACAGAUCCUGUUCACUGGAGAGGCCUGUGCAGUAGAGUGUAGACCCUUUCAUGUACUGUACUGUACACCUGAUACUGUAAACAUACUGUAAUAAUAAUGUCUCACAUGGAAACAAGAGAAAACGCUGGGUCAGCAGCAAGCUGUAGUUUUUAAAAAUGUUUUUAGUUAAACGUUGAGGAGAAAAAAAAAAGGCUUUUCCCCCAAAGUAUCAUGUGUGAACCUACAACACCCUGACCUCUUUCUCUCCUCCUUGAUUGUAUGAAUAACCCUGAGAUCACCUCUUAGAACUGGUUUUAACCUUUAGCUGCAGCCACUGUGCUGCCACGUGUGUAUAUAUAUGACGUUGUACAUUGCACAUACCCUUGGGUCCCCACAGUUUGGUCCCCCUCCCAGCUACCCCUUUAUAGUAUGACGAGUUAACAAGUUGGUGACCUGCACAAAGCGAGACAUAGCUAUUUAAUCUCUUGCCAGACAUCGCCCCUCUUCUUGCGAUGCUGUACAGGUCUCUGUAAAAAGUCCUUGCUGUCUCAGCAGCCAAUCAACUUAUAGUUUAUUUUUUUCUGGGUUUUUGUUUUGUUUUGUUUUCUUUCUAAUCGAGGUGUGAAAAAGUUCUAGGUUCAGUUGAAGUUCCUGAUGAAGAAACACAAUUGAGAUUUUUUCAGUGAUAAAAUCUGCAUAUUUGUAUUUCAAACAAUGUAGCUAAAACUUGAUGUAAAUUCCUCCUUUUUUCCUUUUUUGGCUUAAUGAAUAUCAUUUAUUCAGUAUGAAAUCUUUAUACUAUAUGUUCCACGUGUUAAGAAUAAAUGUACAUUAAAUCUUGGUAAGA